AUGCCAACCACUCCAUCUUCCAGACGUAACUCCCAACGAAGCCGACGGGGAAGCACUCCGCCGACACCAGGACAAAAUGGCUCGAAGCUUGCGGGACGCAUAAUGUGGUUGCCGUAUGCGGAUGAGCUCAGCGUGUCGACUGGUUUCUCCGAGGAAUCCCAUAACCACCCGGUCCUUGUGCUUUCGAAGAAGAUUGCUGCAGAUGGGAAGGUUGACAUUCUUUUUCUAACAAGCUUGGUAUGUGCAAUCCAGAUGACAUCCUUUGGCGGCACGGAUCUUGAAACGAGGCAUCGGUACAGCAACACUCAACUACGAGGAAUUUACCUUCCCAUUGAUCCGUCACCUCCCCAUCCAGACAACAAUAUCCAACUGAAGCUUGACCACGGCGUGCCGGCCUUCAAGAAGAACUCCUACGUAAAUACUAGGGACCAUAAGAAAAUCCUCUUCUCUCUUCUGAGAAACUACGAUCGUCGCAAAAACAAGAUUUACACCAUCACGGAUGCCUCAUACCAGAUUGUGGUAAAACGUUCCGGUUACUGCGAGCCCAUUCCUCCUGUCUACGAUGACAGGUUCACUGUUCCAGUUCCUCUGGACAUUCUUGUUCAGGCUCAUCUGGAAGCAGAGAGAAAGCGGAGCCAGGGAUACGGAACAAUACCCAGUGUUACUCCACAGCUACAAUACCCCGCCUCGCGACCUGUCCAAAGCACUGCUCGAAGCGACCACCACAGCUACAACAGCUACAACAGCUACGACCCGUACUAUUCCGAUGUCCACUCCCAGAGAAAGCGCAACUCCGCAAGACCUUCCGGUCACUCGUCAGGCGGAUCUCCUGACGAUCUCUCACCAAGCGCCCAGAUUGUUCUCGGCCUUAUCUUCGCGACUACCUUUGCCUGUGUAGUGGCUCUCGUGUACAUGCUUUUCAGUUAUUUGUUUGGAGGCCUGAAGGAGGUUGACUGGCACAAGGUAGCUAAUGCUGUCGGGUCCUUCUUUGGGGAUUGUUUGGUUACUAUGGGUAAGAUCCUCAAGUAUCUGGUAGUCGGCAUGGCUAAGAGUGUUGCAUGGGUGGCAAAGAGUGCGUGGGUGUUGGUGAGGGACUGGAUCAUGGGGACACCAAAGGAUACCUCUAAGUGGAAGCUUUUCUGAGUGCCUUGGUCUUGCUUGAGAGGAGGUCUUCAAGGGAGGUAGAGGUAGGCUACCUGUCUACCUACACGAUGGGAUAAAGCACGGGCUUAACGCUGGGAGGGGUCAAGGUCAUGCUGACCUCGAGGCUCUUUCACUUCCCGUUGAAGACGGGAGUCUAGAGUGCCGGCGUAUGAGGCUCAUACGCCAUUCACUGAGCUUUGGCAUCUGGGCUGUUUUCUGUCUUUCCCGUUACUCCCUACCUUCCAUCCUUUGGUCGCUUCUUCUUGCACCGCUUCGUCGUCCGAAGUACGUUCUGUUUCUGCCUGGGGCAUCUAGGGCAGUUUGAAGUUCUGCACGUAACUUUCAAUACAGAUUCUGCACACAAAAGAUUGAAUUGUACACUGCCUUGCCCCACCUUGUUU